AUGUCAUCAGGGCCUGGAGGUGUCGGAGGCAUGAAGAGAGUAAGACUUUUGCAAUCACUGAAACAAUCUAAAGCUUCAAAUACUGAAUCUGGAAGAAAGACAUCAGUAAACGAUCCUCAUGAUGAUGGAGUUGAGUCAAACUCCCUAAGCAGGAAGCAACUAAUGCUUAUUCAAAUCUUGACUCCUGAAGCAAUGGCAAGACUUUUUCAAAUCGCACUUGAUGACCCUGAGAUGGCGAAAAAUAUGGAGAAUUCUAUAUUAUUUGCUAAUCAUAAGGGGAAAAUCGUUGGCAAGGUGGAUGAGGAUAGACUUAUCUCAUGGCUUGAACAAGUCAAAGCCCAAACAGGCCAAACUACUACUAAAGGAACCAAAUCAAACGAGACAAUAAUGACACAUAAACAAAAUAUGGAUGAAACUUUCUACACGCAGGAUAGUUCCAAAUCUUUAGGACUGAGGAGUUCUAAAAGGAGAAUUUUUGGAUCACCUUCUUGUCAAGUGCAAUCACCAAUGAAAGAUUCACAUAGACUUGAGAAGGCUCCUGAUAAGGCAUCAACUCAUGGUCCAAAGCAAGGUCGUGGUCCAGCAAGUGGCCAAAAACUAGACCAACAAGUGAAAAAGCAUGGCAAGUACAAGAUUUUGUUUUUACCUGGAGAAACUGAUGCAGUGAAGUUUAAUUUGGAUUUGAGUAAUGGAAUUGGAAUCAUUGUUAGAACUGAUGCUGAAAUUAAAGGGGCAACAGGGUGGGGCGAUGUUUCUGAGGACAAUAAAGCGAUCUGUUAUACCAGACUCUUUGAAUGGUUUGAGAUUGAAGAUUGGUCUGAUAAACGAGUGCAAGAAAUAAUUAAUGCUAAAUUCAAAAGUGCCUUUACAAGAUGGAGAUGCACAUUGCAUAAGCUUUAUGAAAAUUUACUUGCCAAAGAUGUUGACCCCAGAGAUGUGUGUCCAAGACCAGAUUUGACAAUGGAAAAAUGGCUAGAGGCAUGCGAUUUCAUUGAAGAUAAUGACUUUCAGAGAAAGUCACGUGUGAACUCUGAAAAUCGUAAAAAGAAACCAUUCAAUCACACAUCUGGAAAAAGAACAAUGCUCAGUCACUACAAAGAGAUGACGGAAAAAAGUGAGAUUGAACUCUUUAGAAAGACACAUGUGAGCAAGUCAAGGGGAGGAGAAUUCAUCAACACAGUUGCUCAAUCUAAAUAUAAUGAGAUGGUUGACUUGAAAAUGAAAGCUGCUGAACACGGCAAAGAAUCACUUGCGGAGCCGGUAAUAGUGAAAUCUGUUCUUGGAUACCGAUCUGGAUACAUUAAAGGAAUGGGACAUGGAGUGCAAGUUCUUCACAAUCGUGAAUCAAAUGUAUUUGCUGGCAUUGAUUUGAAGGAGAAGUUGUUGGAACUAGAAAGUGCGAAGGUAGAGAUUGUCAACCUCACAAAGGCAUAUAGUGAACAGAGGAAAAAGAUGGACAAGAUGGAAAGUGAUAUGGCCAAAAUGCAGGGAAUUUUACAACAUAUUGCAGAUGGACAUGAAGCUCGAGCGCGAGAGGAUUGCAAAAGAGAUUCUUGAAAGGUCGUUGGGGAUGAACAAUGUUUACGUCAAGAAAAUAGAUGAUAGUAUAUAAGUUGUGGUUACAAAUAAAUGACAAAUAAAUCUUUUGUGCCUGCUGUUGGAGCAGGACACAGACUGCAUUCUCUCACCUAGAAAGUGAGAGAAUGUGCUAAAUAUGUUUAAACUGCCUCGAUUAUGAUUAGAGUUUCAUUGUUUUAAACUAAUGUGAUCUUUAUUAACA